UGGCAGGAAGUGAGACACGUCACAAAGCCUGUACAACAAACGCCUUUCUGAUUGGUUUGCCUGUUAUCGUUUGCCCAAUCGGCUGUCUGAUUACUUACCUGUAUUUUUGUAAACUCCUUGCGUCCUUGGUUAACACAGCACUUGAAACAACAGUGAACGUGCGAGUGUUGUCCGCCCUCAGUGACCGUGCUCUGUCGGUAUUCAACUGCGCCAUACAGAUUACGCUGCUGGUUGACAGAGAGUUGAUUUUAUUGACAACUGUGUUUGGGGCUAGGAGAAACAUGGUCUACCGGCUUGUAGUACGCGUGAGGUUAUCUUUGUUCACAUUGCAAAAGGUUGGGCGUCUGACCACGCCAAGUCGACAGUUUGCCCGCACAACUCAUUAUAACAAGGAGAGCUAUAAAUUGGUGGUUGUUGGUGGUGGUACUGGAGGAUGCGCCACAGCAGCCAGAUUCUGUCGACGACUUGGAAAGGGAAACGUUGCAGUGAUCGAGCCAAGUGAGAUUCACUCAUACCAGCCCAUGUGGACACUUGUGGGAGCAGGCAUUAAAUCAUUAUCACAGUCACAACGACCCACGUCAAGCGUUUUACCUUCACAGUGUGUCUGGAUCAAAGACAGUGUUGUUUCUUUUGAUCCUAAAAGCAAUUCUGUUACCACUGCUGGAGGGAGAGAGGUACACUAUGACUACCUUGUGGUGGCUACAGGACUUCAGCUCAAUUACAACUUGGUGAGGGGACUUGAGGAUGCACUGAAGUACGACCCUAUGGUGUGUUCCAACUACCACCCCAAGUACGUUGUUAAAACUUUCCCAGCUUUGCAGAAGGUUCAAGCAGGCAAUGCCAUUUUCACAUUUCCCAACACACCAGUCAAGUGUGCCGGCGCCCCACAAAAGAUAAUGUAUCUGGCAGAAGAAUACUUCAGAAAGACUGGAAAACGGGACAAAGUGAAUGUCAUGUACAAUACUUCUCUUGGAGUCAUCUUUGGGGUCAAGAAGUAUGCAAACAGCCUACUUGAAAUAGUCAAGGCCAGAAAUAUCACUGUCAACUAUCGUCACAACUUGGUCGAGGUACGACCAAAUACAAAGGAAGCCAUCUUUGCUAACCUUGACAGUCCUACUGGAGAAACACACACAUUUAAGUAUGAAUUCUUGCAUGCGGUGCCUCCAAUGUCAGCUCCUGAUGUCCUUCGACAAAGCCCUCUUGUGAACAAUGAUGGUUAUGUGGAUAUUUUCAAUGACACUUUACAGCAUAAAACUUUCCCAAAUGUUUUUGGAAUUGGUGAUUGCACUAGUCUCCCAACCUCAAAAACAGCGGCAGCUGCAGCUGCACAGUGUGGUGUUCUGGGCAAGAACCUGACAGCUGUGAUGGAAGGGAAGAAACUUCCAUGUCGUUAUGAUGGCUAUACUUCCUGUCCUCUCAUCACUGGAUACAGUAAAUGUAUUCUGGCAGAAUUUGACUACAAUGGACAGCCUUUGGAGACAUUUCCUUUUGAUCAAUCACGUGAGCGCUGGUCCAUGUAUCAGAUGAAGGCUAACAUCAUGCCACAUAUGUACUGGCAGAUGAUGCUGCCGGGCUACUGGCAGGGUCCAGCACUGUUUCGUAAAGUCAUGCAUCUUGGAAUGGGGGGAGCAGCCACAAAGUGCUGAAGACACCACCAGCAGUCAUUAUGGCAGACUUACAGAUGGUUGUUUCAGUUGCUGGACAGUGAUUUUUUUUCUUUUUGAUAAUGAUUUUCUCAGUAUCACUGUGUCUCAUUUCUUGAACUUUUCAGAAUUCGGAUUAUGAUCUAAGACUCAUUUUGUUUUGCUUUUGAUAUUGGUUGAUUUUAGCUGAACAACAAAAACCUAUUCAUUACAUUGGAUGUUUUUAUCAUGUUUUUUAAUCAACUCUUGAAGAGCUGUAAAUAACUGUAUUUCAGUGAUGAUAGGCAUGAAAUUACAUGUAUUUAUUUACAUACAUGUACUGAUGAGAAUUUUUGAAGUGACAUAAUGCCAUGCACAUGCAAUAUACAUAACUAAUUUAAUAAACAUUAAUACAUAAGUAAGGAUUAGUCAUUUGCCAGUCUGUUUUGCAUCAGUGCAUAGUUUCAUUAAAUCAUAAAUUAACAUGAUCUUUUACAUACUAUGCCUUAUCCUGUGGAUAAUGUAUUAUGUGAAUGUGAAGCAGUCAUGGACAAAAGGAGAAUAGAAAGAGUUUGGGUACCUGCAAAUGUGCUGAAAACUACAGGCAUAGUUUUCAGCUUAAUGUAUUGAGUCAUGUAGCCUUUUUUUCCUUUUGCUUUUCUUUUAGCUGCAUCCUUGUUUCUCUUUUUCUGAUUUUGACUCACUAUAUUUUUUGCUUUGUGUGUGUGUGUGCAAGCAAGAGAGAAAGCCAGAAGUAGUAGAAUGUAUCUACUGAUUUACAAACAUACAUUUGCCCUAAUCUUCAUAGGGCUUCCAGAUAAUCGAGUUGGUCAUUCUAUUUUUGGAUGGUCUUUAAACAUAAAUUACCUGAAACAUUACCUACAUAAAAGAUGUUACACUGUUCUGUACACGACUAAUUGGUAAGACUUUGCCUGUUAAUGUUUUAAGGCAGUUAUGGCUUUUCCAUUUCUUUGCUUGGGAGGUUCCCAAAUUAUUAUUUGAAUUUCUGGACUGCAUUUAAGAGGCCAUUAUUGGAAUGUAUCAUUGACAUAAAACAUUCUUCUGCUGAGGUCUUAUAUAUUGAAUACCUUUGGUGGCUGAGAUAAAACAUUGGCAAGCAGUUAAUGCUCAUAGCUUAAAAUUUAAAGUAUCCCAUGAACACCAUUUUAAUUUUAAUACUUUUUUAAUGCUACCUCUAACUAUUUGAGUGUUGAUGUCACUGUCACUAAUUGGUCUCCAUUCCUUUAUCAUGUCUGGAUUACUGCAGCUCCCUGUUUUCUGACCUCCUUGCUGGUACACUUCACAUCCUCCCAACCCUAAACCUCUGAUCUCUAGAUGCAUGACUGUCAUGUCACCCCCUCUGCUGUUGAUUCAUUCUGAUUCCACAUUCCCUACACAAUGCACUACUGGCCAGCAAGCCUUUGAAUAUGCUGGUCUCUCCAUUUGAAACACUCACCUUACAUGGUUUCAAGCCUCUACUUGAAAUUUAACUCUUAAAAAUGUCUUUCAAACACUCCUCGAUCAGAGUCUUGAACUGUUUUCAUGGGAACAGUGCACUUUACAAAUCUCAUAAACUUGUUUUUACUGCUUAUAUUAUAGCAUGUUAAGAUUACAUUUUAAAACCUGUUUGAAUUUAUUUUAAUAAAUACUCAUUGAAACAGUU